UUUCCUCCCCCCCCCUCACUCUCUCCCCCCGAAGCAAAAUAUUCCAAUCCGACGGCGCCCUGCCCCGAGCCGAAGAAUCCCGUGAAGCCGCCCCGCCGCUGCCCGGAUAAAAAUUCCCCCCCAUAUCCCCCUCGGGAAGCGAGCGAUUGGAGCGGGGAGGAGUGACGACGACUGAGGAGCGGCGGAAGGGACCCGGCCGGAUCAUCGCAUGGCGGAGAUGCACAAGUACGGGCUGUCCAACCAGCCCCCAGAUAUCCCCCAGAUACUGCAGGAAGCUCAGAAUCGAUGGCUGCGACCCACAGAAAUCUGCCAAAUACUGUCGAAUUACAAGAAGUUCUCCAUUGCGCCCGAGCCGCCAAACAGGCCUCCAAGUGGUUCACUAUUUCUGUUUGACCGGAAAAUAUUGAGAUACUUCAGAAAGGAUGGACACAUCUGGAGAAAGAAGAAGGAUGGGAAGACAGUUAAGGAAGCUCAUGAAAAGCUGAAAGUUGGCAGUGUUGAUGUACUUCAUUGCUAUUAUGCCCAUGGGGAAGAGAAUGAGAACUUCCAGAGGCGGACCUAUUGGUUGUUAGAAGAGGGUUUCAUGAAUAUUGUUCUUGUGCACUAUCUUGAAAUCAAGGGUGGCAAACAAAGUUUCAGUCGUUCGAAAGAAGCUGAAGAUAGUCCUGCUUGUUCAAACUCUUUUGCUAGUCAGAGCCAGGUAGCCUCCCAAACUAUGGAUGCUGAAAGCCCAUAUAGUGGACAGAUUUCGGAAUAUGAAGAUGCUGAAACAGAUAAUUCUCGAGCAAGCUCCAGAUACCACCCUUUCGUUGAGAUGCAGCAGCCUGUGGAUGGAGUCAUGAUGGAUAAUCGGUUGGGUGCUCCAGCUCCAAGUACUUCCGUAAAUAAUCUAGGUUAUCAGGAUGAAAAUCAGGCUAGCACAGCUAACAUAAGCAAUAAUUUUGUUACUCACCAUGGCAUAGCUAGUGUGUUCAAUGAUGUUGGAGCUGGAUUGAGGAGUGGUUCCAAAACUGCACUCGAUUCAGUGCACUUUGGUGAGCCCUUUCCAGAAUAUCCAACUGGAUUCACGGAGCCGACACUCUAUUCUUCUGUUACCACCAUGGGGUCGAACAAUCUGGAUGAUAACUCUCGCUUGGAAACAUUGAUGACUGAGGCACUGUACACCAACAACCUUACUCAAAAGGAAACGGAUGCACUGAGUGCUGCAGGCAUGACGUCCUCGCAGGUGCUUUGCAGUUUUUUUCCGUUAAUUUUCUUGUGUCAUGAGAUGUUUGUUUCCGUGUGGCAAUCAUGCAACUUCUCUACACUUGCUCUCCUUUGUGCCUACUGUAGAGUCCUUGAGACUAUUUGCAGAGGUAUAGGAAGGUCCUUCCUGCUGUGCUUUGUCAUAGGACUACUGCACUAUACUUCUGUUUAUCUGAUUGCACUUUGUAAUUUGGAGUUCCCCUAUAAUGUUCCUAUGAGUAAUAUUUAAGGGUAUUAUGUUUCA